ACCCUGGGUUCUGCUCUCAGCAAGCGCACACACACACACACACACACACACACACACACACACACACAUCCCACGCAGAGCUGAUAAAGGAUCAGCAACAGGAAACAGGGACAGAGUGCUCCGGGCUGGCUUCCCUUCCUGCGUUUGUUCCUCUCCGCCCUCUGCAACGAAAGAACGACUUAGUCCAUUUUCUGUUUUUUAGGGAGCAAUGGCUACAGAGGGCACUUCCUCAGAAAUCAUAGAAAGACAACGAACAAAGUUGCUUAAUGUCCUCCAACAAGAUCCUGAUUCUCUCUUGGACACGCUAACCUCUCGGAGACUGAUUUCCGAGGAGGAGUAUGAGACUCUGGAGGAAAUUACAGAUCCCCUGAAGAAAAGCCGGAAGCUGUUAAUUUUGGUACAGAAGAAGGGAGAGGACAGCUGCUGUUGCUUUCUCAAGUGUUUGUCUAAUGCGUUUCCUGAGUUAGCUGCUACCUUGGCCUUAAAGCACGGAGCUCCACAGCAGGGGACGGAAGCAGCCCGGUCUGCGGGGGUGAGCCUGGAUUCGGAAGAUGCCGCGGAGAAGGCUGAGACAGCAGCGACCUCUGAAGAGGAAGAAACGCCUGAGUUUUUCACCUACAAGGAAAGUAACUCUAAGGAACCGGCUGUAUAUUCCGGGGAGAAGGAGGAGGGUCGUGGCUCCCCACAAGUCACGGAGCCGCAUUCUGUCGAAAGAGCCGAGUAUGAAGUUCCAGCAAGUAUCACAUACUUACACGAUGGACAGAGAUACGAGGAGCCAGAUGAUUCUCUGUACUUAGGAGAAGGGGAAUAUCAAGAGUCUGUUGGGUACCCUGAGGAUGUCGAGGCCACUGUGGAGGAAGGGGCUUCCGAUGGCCUGCAGUGCUAUGUAUGUGACGAUGAAGAGGAAGGCGAGUAUGAAGAAACCACAGGCUUCUCUGAUGAAGAAAGUUGCGAGGCUUCAGAAACCGGCGUUUCCUUGGAAGAGGAGGAGAAAAGUACUGAAGAAAGAAAAAGAGUGUUUCAACAUGUCCUCUCCUGUUUGAACAUGGACAGAAGCAGAAAGCUUCUCCCAGAUUUUGUGAGGCAGUUUUCCAUGGAUCGAAGCUGUGAGUGGACGCCCGAAACUCCCGGGGACUUAGCUUGGAGUUUCCUGAUGAAAGUUCAGGCCUUAGACUUGACAGCCAGAGAUUUUAUCUUUAGACGCAAGAUGGUGGACGAAGAGAACAAAGGGGAAGUUCUGGCUGGAAUAGAGAAUUUAGAAGUUGGAGACCUACAAACCAUCAACCCCCUUGAUGUCCUUUGUGCUUGCAUGCUUUGUUCAGAUAGCUCUUUGCAACGUGAAGUCGUAUCAAACAUGUACAGAUGCCUGUUUGCCCUUCCCCUGCUACUGCCAGAUGCAGAAAACAACAAAAGCAUCUUAAUGAUGGAGGCCAUGAAGGACUUAAGGUGCCCCCCAGCGCAGUCCUCGGGAGGGCCCCCGAGGGAAACGGAAACAUAUCUGAGUCUCAUGAAGAUGCCCGUCAUCUCUUUUGUGCGACUAGGGCACUGCAGCAUCUCCAAGUCCAGAAUCCUUAAUGCUCUGCUCAGCUCCUCCCAACAGAAACCACACAAAAUUUUUCUCCAUCAGGACCCGUCUGCUCCUGUGCUUCCUCGGCAGAUUUCUGAUGGCCUCGUAGAGGUUACAUGGUGUUUUCCUGACAGCCAGGAGCAAAAGGAAAGUCUUCAUGUUUUCCAGAAACCUGUCGCUGUGGCCAACCUUCGUGGUGAUCUAGAAAGCUUUUGGAUGCAAUUUGGUUUUCUGGUGGAAGUUUCCUCAGCCGUGUUCGUCUUUACUGACUUCCUUGGUGAGAAGGAAUGGGAACUUCUAAUGUUUUUAGGAGAAGAUGCCAUUGAGAAGUGCUACUUUGUCCUCAGUCCCCAGGCCAAGGAGAGUGAAGAGGCUCAGGUUUUCCAAAGGAUCCUGAAGCUAAAGCCAUCACAGCUACUGUUUUGGGAAGUAGAGGAAGCUGGGGAUAGAAGGAAGACUAUGGAGGGCCUGCAAGCUGCUCUCCAGGAAGUAAUGUCCUCUUCACUCCGAUGUGUGUCCCUAGAAGAUAUGGCCUCUCUGGCCAGGGAGUUGGGGAUUCAGGUAGACCAAGACUUUGAAACCACUCAGGAUGUUCAGGCUCUUGCGACAGCAGUUGAAGGCGAGAACCAACAGCCUCAUAGUCAGACAAAAAGCCCAUCUGAAAGCCGAGCUCAGAAGCCAGUCAGAGAGCCUGGGGCUCAAAGUGAGGUCAGCCAGAAUAUUCAGAAUUUUCAUCAGACUCCAGUGUACAUGCCUUCUCCAGCACACCCAUGGCCCUUGCCUAUCAGGGCCGGGAGUAACUUUUACCCUGUUUCCUUGAAAGCCCCCUGGGUUAUGAGCCCCCACAUUGGACCACAGCAGAGGGCUAAGUGGUUCUCUUCUUUACCCAAUCAGAAUAUAAGAUUUCACAGUGGAGGAAAAAACUUCCGUAUUCAGUACUGUCAACCCUGGGGAUUUUAUGCAGGGGAAAGGUUCAUGAAGUUUCCUGGAACUUCUCGGGGGUACUGCUUGAGUGAAACAUCUGGGAAAUCAGAAAGACAGACUCCUCAUGUACGGACCCACCCUGAGAGCUUACAGACAGCGAGAACUCCUCAAAGGUCUGGGAGAGUGGCUUCUCACGUAGGUCAUUCACAAGCAACAAAAGCAGCCGGGAAACCGCAGCCUGUGAAAGCCUGUGCCCAGGUGAUGCAGCUGACUGAAGCAAGGGGAAAAUACAUGAGGGCAUCAUCUCAUAUUAAAUAUCCUCACCCUCAGACCAGUCAGCUCGCAGGAGCCAUUCAAGAACGAACAAUGCUUGCUUCUCAAGGAUCCCAACGGAUAAUACAGGGAAGGCCUUCAGAUCCAGCUUUUCAACCAGCAUCUCAGUCCACGUCUGGGACAAAACUUUCUUCUACCUCCCAGUUCAACUCCCAUCAACCCAUAUUCCAGAUCAAAUACUUCCAGCCUAAGCCCUCUCAACCUGUACCUUCUCAGAAAAAAAUGUCUCACCCCCAGUCCUCCCAAGCUAAACCCACUCAUCCCCAGGCCUCCAAAGCUAAACCCACCCAUCUACAGCCCUCCCAAGCUAAACCCGCCCAUCCUCAGCCCUCCCAUGCUAAAUUCACUCACCCCCAGUCCUCCCAAGCUAAAUCCACUCACCCCCAGGCCUCCCAAGCUAAACCCGCCCAUCCUCAGCCCUCCCAUGCUAAACCCACUCAGCCCCAGGCCUCCCAAGCAAAACCCACUCAGCCCCAGGCCUCCCAAGCUAAACCCACUCACCCCCAGGCCUCCCAAGCUAAACCCACUCACCCCCAGGCCUCCCAAGCUAAACCCUCCUCAUCCAAAUCUACUCAGUUCAAUCAGCAUAGACCCCAUCAGUCCCAACCUAAGCCUUUUCAACAGAGAUCCACUCAAUCUAAAUCAUACCAGAUCAAGCCUUCCCAGGCCAAGGCAUACCACCCAAGAGCAGGGAAACGUUAAAGAACAUACUCCAGAGGCUUAUGAAGUAUAUUCUUUCCUUAUGUUAUUCCUCUCAUAUAACAGUCUGAAGAAAAGUUUCAGUGGAAGAGUGAUAAAAUUAGCAAAACAAAAAUUAUGCAAAGUCUGAGUGCAUGGCAAAGUAUGUACGGAAAAUGUGAAAGCAGUUAAGGGUAGGAUCUGGCUGGGCAAGGUGGCACACACCUGUAACCCCAGCACUCCGGAGGCAGAAGCAGGAGGGCCUGUGUGUGUUUGAGGCCAGCCUGGUCCAUACAACAACACAGCAAGUUCUAGAUCAGCAGAGUACAUAAUAAGACCCUAUUAACAUAAAAAAGAAUAGGAUCAAACAUCCAGCCAACAAGAUCAGUCGGUAUUCCAGAAGGCACCACUGAUUAGACUCUGGGUUACCAAAACCAAACAAAAAUUAAACCUCCCAACAAACAGCAGGAAGGAGGGGGUGGGUGUCAGGCUGAGUGAGAGAGGGAAGAGCUGUGUAUACACACAUGAAACUGUUGAAUAAUAAAUGCAAGAUGAGAAAAGAAUGGAAUCUAAGGAUGCAUAAAUUCAUCCAUUCCACCCGCACUAUUGGGUGAUGUUUGAUUUGAACCAGGGGAUGGAGUCUGUGAUAUAGCCAUACGUCUGAAGAGUGGAGUUACCAUGUAAUUGCAAAGUGAAAAGAUGAAAAUAUGGAGUUUAGAUUAUUUCAGUGUUGAAGAAAGGCUGCUUUAGAAGUGCCUCCGUUUUUGGUUUAUUAUCGGCCACCGAGCAGAUACCGUGCACCAUUGGAGCAGUUAAAUCAACUUGUUUCUGGUUAUAGCCUCAAUUUUCAUGCCUGAUUAGCCUGUCUCAUUUGGCCAUUAUACAUGGAAAUAAUGAAUAUUCCAGCAAAACAUAAUUUUAUGUUAGCUUUGGGCCUGAUUUUUGCAUGUUUCAUAUUUUAUAUACAAUAGCUAAGAAAAUUUAGCUCAUUAGAGGUUAUUAAAUAUUAUAUUAUUAGUUUAGUAGUUUGAAAUCAGGUAUGUGUUAGUGUGUUUUUAAUUUUAGCAUUAGUUGAAAAGAUUAAAAUGAAUUUACAAAGGGUAUAAAUUAAGUUUGAGAGAACUUAUGGUCUAGAAGGGCUUAAAAUUUCUGUAAAUUCAGAUUGUUCUGAUCAUUCGGAUAGCUUCUGCUAGUUAUCAGUGUUGAAAAGAAUCUGUCUGAAUCAGGCAUUUCACGGGAGCUUCUCGAAGUUUUUAAGUGAUAGCAAAAGGCUACAUUAGCUGAACAUGCUGGUACAUACCUGUGACCUCAAACUUAAGAGACUGAGGAAGGGGGAUCAGGGAUCAGGGCCAGCAGCACAUGGUGAGAUCAAGUCUCAAAAAACAAAGACAAGCCACUUAGGUAGAUGUCAAAAUUUGCCUCAUUUAGAAAUAAAGUAAGAUUUAUACAUUGGACUAAAUGUUCCAGGUUUUGAAUUUAUGACCUUGUUUAAUUUUUUAUUUAAACUUUGAUUUUAUUUAUUAUUGUAGUGUGUCUGUGUGUGUGUGUGUGUGUGUGUGUGUGUGUACAUGAAUGCCACAACAUGUAUGUGGAGGACAGUGAGAAUCUUCUCCUUUCACCUUUAUGUGUAGGAAGUUUUACCCACUGAGCUAUGUCAUUCAUCCUAUAAACCCAAUUUUAAAUAGUAAAGUAGUUCCAAGGAGUUAGCUAGGUUAAAAAAAUGUUUUCAAAGAAAACAAAGAAAGAAAUCAUACUGGCUAAUGUACGGCAACUCAACUUUUAAAAGGAAUCAUUAGUGUCUGAGAAUAGUCUAAUAUCACAAAAGUGUGUUUGUCUGUACAGGUGUUAAAUACUAUUGCUUUCAGAGUAUUUAAUCUCAUGAGUAUUGUAAAGGCGAAAAAAGAAAUGGGGGACAUAUAUGUGUAUAUUUGAUUUUACUUGUGAAUUCUGUCUUUUAGAAUGAUAAAUAUAAGAAGUAAAAUAAAACAGUCUGUUUUCAAAAGAAAAAUGCCUUAAACCUGCUCAGACUGACCUACAGAUAAGCAGGAAGUCUGGGCCCCACUAGUCUAGCUGCCCCACCCAAGCUCAAGUUUAGAUAAGAAAAUAGAUUAAGAGUCAAGCUUGCCUGAUGACUUUCAGACAUAAGGUUUAUGCUCCUGAGAAACCUUAAAAUGAGCAGGAUAUAAACAUGUAAAUUAACCCACACAUCGUGUGGGCUGAGAAAUAGGCAAACGUCAGCAGCCGAUGACCUGUGAGUUUGUACCGCGAGAGCGGUAAAUCAGGAAGGGACCUUCAUUCAGGGUUAUAAAAACUCUUCUUUGUGCUCAAUUUGUCUGUCCCUCCUUUUGUUUGGGUUGGCACCAGACCAUGCAAAAUUUUUAAAAUAAACUGCCCCACUUUCACUUUU